AUGUUCCGAAAUAUGCAGAUAAUCAAGCUUAGUAAUCGGUUGAUCACGCAAAGCGUCCAGCUACUGAUAAUCUGGAGCUGGAGUGGGAUUGAAGGCUCCACAGCAUUUGCCAACAAAGGACUGAAAACAGGCUAUUUACAGGUCGACGUAGAUGGCAAUGGAGAAAUUGAUUUUGAAGAGUUCUGCGCUUGCAUGAAAAAGUCUCGGAAUAUUGUCAGAUCCACUAAAGAGGAAUUAAUCCGUGAAUGCUUCGACAUCUUUGAUCAAGACCACAAUGGAAUGAUCUCUGAGAGCGAGUUUAAGUACGUUGCUAGGGAGUAUGGAGAUUUCUCGGAAGAGUUGGCCGAGAAAGUGUUCAGAGAAAUGGAUGUUUCCUCUAUCGGACAUUUAUCUGCUGAUCAAUUUGCAACAGUUAUCGAGGACUAUUUGGUCUAUGACUCAGCCAGGAUUGACAUUGGCAUUGAGUCAGAGUGCCACUAG